ACCUAAAAUAAUAGCUGCCAAAAUUUAAUAAAAGUCAUAAAGUAGGGUGUCGGUUUCUUAUCUUAAACUAUAUAACUACCAAACCAACAUGCAUAACUCCCACUUUGUCCCCCUAACAAAGUCCAAAAAAGUAUAAGUCAACCAAUCAUACGAGAUUUAGAUAAAACCAAUCCCAUAAUGGACAGAUUUGCAUGCAAAGCAUAGAUCAACUAUAUCAAUAAAUGCACAUUAUACAUUUAGUGAUUUAAUUAAAAAAUAUUAUUCAGAAUCUCAUAAUAAUAUGUCUAAAUGAUCAAUUUGCAUAUGCCAGUGAGUCUGUUCUGUUUUCUCCUUCAAUUAUUCAUUAAUUUAAUACACUUACUUUUUUCCCCAAGUGGCAUCUUUCACUUUGUAUAUAUAUAUAUGAGGACAAUUGUUAGUACUUGUAGUACUUGAAGAUCUAAGGGUAAAAAAAAAAUUAGAAAGAUAUCAAAAGAUAUGGAACCAAAAAGUGGCAUUUCUGGAAAAGUGCAACUUCUUAUAGCAUUACUUGUUUUGCAAUUUUGCUUUGCAGGAUUUCAUAUAGUUUCAAGGCUUGCACUUAAUAUUGGUGUCAGCAAAAUUGUGUAUCCAGUUUAUAGAAAUGUUAUUGCAUUGCUUUUGUUAGGACCUUUUGCUUAUUUUUUGGAAAAGAAGGAAAGGCCACCCCUCACAUUCUCUCUAUUGGUUCAAUUUUUCUUCCUUGCAUUAAUAGGUAUCACAGCAAACCAAGGAUUUUAUAUCUUAGGAUUGUAUUAUGCAUCCCCAACUUUUGCUUCAGCCAUGCAAAACUCUGUUCCUGCUAUUACUUUUAUCAUGGCUGCUGUUCUAAGGCUAGAAAGAGUUCAUUUUAUGAGGAGAGAUGGCAUUGCUAAAAUUCUGGGAACCAUAGCAAGUGUUGGAGGAGCCACUGUUAUUACUCUUUACAAAGGGCCUCCCCUAUUAAGAGGAAGCAACUCUUCUGAAGAAGAUAUGGUUGCUUCUCAAGAAAACAUAAUGGAUUGGACAUGGGGUUGUGUUUAUUUGCUUGGUCAUUGCUUAUCAUGGGCUGGUUGGAUGGUCCUUCAGGCCCCAGUGGUGAAGAAGUACCCGGCCAAGCUGUCACUUACCUCAUUUACAUUCUUCUUUGGAUUAAUCCAGUUCCUAGUUAUAGCAGCUUUUACAGAAAGGGAUCUAACACAUUGGCAGAUCCAGUCUGGAGAAGAAGUUUUUCUGAUUUUAUAUGCUGGCGUUAUCUCUUCUGGAGUAGUCAUUUCUCUUCAGACUUGGUGCAUUCAGAAAGGAGGACCAGUGUAUGUUGCAACAUUCCAGCCUGUGCAAACAGUAUUAGUUGCUGUCAUGGCUUUUGUAAUUCUUGGUGAUCAGUUGUACUCUGGAGGGUUACUUGGAGGACUUUUGAUUAUGGUUGGACUUUACCUAGUUUUGUGGGGUAAAAAGGAAGAGAAAAGAAUAGUCAGCCAACAUCAUACUGAAGAGACAACAUUGACAAAACACCUCCUAGCUCCUAAUGGCAAGGAGGAAUCCUCUGUUGGAGCUGAUAGCUGCUAACAAAAUUUGUCAAAAUCUUUUUUUACCUUGAAAUAUUUUUCUUAUUUAAUGGUUUCUUUCUAUGAUAUCUGCUGCCGGAACAUUGUAAAGAAAACAAUUUAAUUGGAGUCCAGAUUAUGAGGGCUGAAUAUGUUGUUUGGAAGCUUAACAACUUUCUAAAAUUAUUUGUACAAUUAUACUAGUUCCAUGUAAACCUUUGAGAAGGGAUCAGUCAAUUGGUGUUCCACUGAACUAUGGAACCAUAACUUUUGAAGAUAUUCCAGUUUGCUUUUUAUUUUCCUUUGAUGUACAGUUUCUAAUUUUGAAUAUUUACUUUCAAAUCAGAUGAUGGAUUUUAUUAUAUCUACAUUGCUCUGUUGGUUAAGUUGAACCUGGCAAACACUAUUUUACGGGGGAGUAUAAUAUUACAAACGAGAAAAAACUGUUGAAGAGCAUAAAGUCUUGAACCAUACAAUUACUGUGUGUCCAGUAUCAUUUGUUUACUCAUCAAUGCUCAUCUUCUUCUUAAAAUUAUGUUCCUUAACAAGCCCUUGAUAUUUAUUUGUUCAUUCAAGAAAAAAAAUUAAGAAAAUGUUAAAAAAAAAAAAAAAAAAAGACAAAAAAAGAAAAAUGAGAAUGGAGGUAGGUGCCACAUCACCUCUUCUCCAUUGAUUUGUGCAAGGUGCAUACUUAUUAUUUCCUCCGGAACAGGAGAUAAAAAGAAAAGGAUGAUCAAUUCACUCCUGCUUUUAACCCAACCACAAAAGCCAAUGCGGAUUAAUUCAAACCCAUCCAUUCAAAAAAUGGGAAUUCUACGCAGAAGCAGCUCCUCGAAUUGGUUGACUAUAGAACCUCCUAUGCUAAUAAAUCCUUUCACUGAACCCGAUUCAUGUAACAUACUUCUGUCACGACCGUCAAAC